GGGGGUGGGAGGGGAAAAAUCAAUAAAAACCUCAGUUUCAUUUGGGUCAGUCGGUAGUCUGGCUUUUUGAAAUAUUUAUUCGUGCUGCAACUCAUAUUUCAUUAAUCAAGUUAAUCUGUCAAUUGUUUUGUCAUGUAAUCCCAUUUAAAAACAACCGGUUAUUAAGAAAACUGUACAUCUGCAAAAAAACCCAUAAGUGAUUCAGUCAUCAAUAGAUUAUUGAAAAUAAUUUGCGAUUUUAAUUUGCUAAUCAAUUUGUGUGCGCAUAUGAAGUUCAUAAUGCAUUCUGAUCUCUGCAGCUAACAACUACAACGCACUAAAUAUCUGUUUGAAUUGGCCGAGCAAGCAGUUCAUGCAAGUCCCAUCAUGCACUACAGUAGCUGGUUCAAUGCCAUGCACAGGAAUGCUCGCUGUUGUUCAAUACUCACUCCGCAUCCCGUGAGUUCAAAUCUGCGUCGACUCGUUUUCCUUGCAAUGUUGCCCUCCUCGUUCCCACUCUCCGAGUCACGAACGGCUGGCAAAGAGGCAAGAUUGUGGAGUAAUUUUCUUUAGGUGCGCUUCUGGAGUUGCUGUGCCCGGGUGGCCACGAACGGAGGGCACACGCCGGGAUCGCCUGUGCCACGUGCGACGCCAGCCCGGGCACGCGUCGCCGUUGUCCCGGUCGCCGUCUUUCCCACUUCUGGAAUUUUCAUCCUUCUCAUCGAGUCCAUUUGCUUCGGAGACGAGUUUAGUGCCCCGACUUGGCUGCCCUCCCCGCGACACUUUUUUUUCCUCUCUGUGAUUUAUGAUGCCGCCAAAAGAUGUAUGCGUCCAUGUUGCAGAAUAUAACAAGCCGCAUGGGCAUUUAUUUGAUUAUCCAACUAGUGUGCUCAACUGUCCGCAUACCGCGAACGGAUGCUCAUUUUGCUCGCUAGUAAGGCAAUUUGUAUCUUGGGACUACAAUACUCGUAGCUGCUAUUUCACAGUUUUGCCUUCAACGUAGUUUGUACUUAUUCUACUAGUCUGUCCCCGCACGAAGGCAGUAGUGAAAAAGCAUCGAAGUUCGGCGAGCGCCCUCCGCCACAGCGCCUCACCAGAGAAGCCAUGAGGAAUUACCUGAAGGAGCGAGGGGACCAAACCGUCAUGAUCCUGCACGCCAAGGUUGCACAGAAAUCGUACGGCAACGAGAAAAGGUUCUUCUGCCCUCCCCCAUGCGUGUACCUGAUGGGCAGCGGCUGGAAAAAAAAGAAGGAGCAGAUGGAGCGGGACGGCUGCUCCGAGCAGGAGUCGCAGCCGUGCGCCUUCAUCGGCAUCGGCAACAGCGACCAGGAAAUGCAGCAGCUUAAUUUAGAGGGGAAGAACUAUUGCACAGCCAAAACCUUGUACAUAUCGGACUCGGACAAGAGAAAGCACUUCAUGUUGUCUGUCAAGAUGUUCUACGGCAACAGCGCCGACAUCGGCGUCUUCCUCAGCAAGAGGAUCAAGGUCAUCUCCAAGCCCUCCAAAAAGAAACAGUCCCUGAAAAACGCCGACUUGUGUAUCGCGUCGGGCACCAAGGUGGCGCUCUUCAACCGGCUGCGCUCCCAAACAGUCAGCACGCGCUAUCUCCACGUAGAGGGGGGCAACUUCCACGCCAGCUCGCAGCAGUGGGGAGCCUUCUACAUCCACCUGUUGGACGACGAGGAGUCGGAGGGGGAAGAGUUCACGGUGAGAGACGGUUACAUCCACUACGGCCAGACGGUCAAGCUGGUGUGUUCGGUCACCGGCAUGGCGCUGCCCCGACUGAUCAUCCGUAAGGUGGACAAGCAGACGGCGCUGCUGGACGCCGACGACCCCGUGUCGCAGCUGCACAAGUGUGCCUUCUACCUGAAGGACACCGAGCGCAUGUACCUGUGCCUGUCGCAAGAAAGGAUCAUCCAGUUUCAAGCCACACCGUGCCCAAAGGAACCAAACAAAGAGAUGAUCAACGACGGCGCCUCCUGGACAAUCAUCAGCACGGACAAGGCAGAGUACACCUUCUACGAGGGAAUGGGCCCCGUGCAGUCGCCUGUCACCCCCGUGCCUGUGGUCGAGAGCCUACAGCUCAACGGCGGCGGAGACGUCGCCAUGCUGGAGCUGACGGGACAGAACUUCACCCCCAAUCUGCGAGUGUGGUUCGGAGAUGUCGAGGCCGAGACGAUGUACAGGUGUGCAGAGAGCAUGCUGUGCGUCGUGCCCGACAUUUCGGCCUUCCGCGAGGGCUGGCGCUGGGUGCGGCAGCCCGUCCAGGUCCCCGUCACGCUGGUAAGGGAGGACGGCCUCAUCUACUCCACCUCACUGACCUUCACCUACACGCCAGAGCCCGGGCCGCGGCCGCACUGCAACGCCGCCGGCGCCAUUCUGCGCGCCAGCAACUCGGGCCUGCUGAGCAACAGCGGCGGGCCGGAAGCGGGCGGCGGCGGCGUCUACGGCCCCGGAACGGGCGUCACGUCCUCGUCGGCCGCCGCCGCCGUGGUUUCCUAACGCUCGCUCCUCGAGCCGAGAUCCCACGAGGUAGAGAACACUUUGGAAUAGUUCAACAAAACACACACACACACACAAAAGUUCUGCGUUUCAAUUAAGGGCAAACGGCCAAAUGGAAAAAGGUUCAGGACAAAAGAAGAAACGCGGGGGAAAUCUGAAGGAGUGAUGUCACAAAGCCGCCCGGUGACGGGACAGGGCGGAAUGUGCAACCCCCCCCGCCUAUGCCCCCCCCCGUACUCCCCUCGCCGCCUGCUUCGGCUCCAGUCCUGGUGGUCGAGAACGUCGGCGCGUUCCCGAUCCCCCGUUCCCGUUUUGCACUGCCCUCCAAAUGCUCGCCACACACCCAAGUACUCUUGUUGCGUUAGCUGCGCUUUGGGGGAUGUAGCGUUGUCGGAGGCGGCGGCGGCGCCAGGACGCAAAGGGACACGCAAGCGUGACGUUCACGUAGUUUUAAUGGACCAAGGAAUUUGUAUAAGCUUUAGCAAAGGUACACUUUUCUCCAUACCUUUAUUCAACAUAUUGUACACUUUUGUUACCAAAUAGUUUGUAUUCCUCCUAUAAUCUUGUGCUCCCCCCUAACUCCUGCCCUUAUUUUUCCCAUCUUCUGUUCAAGGGGGGAGAAUAUAAAAGUGAAUCUGUGUGUCUGGGCGUGCGUGCGUGUCAGGGGAACCACCUCAGAGGGCCUAUUUUUUAAAUCUCAUUGGUUUUUAUGAAGUCUUUAAAAGAAAAAAAAAGCUUUAAGCAACGCCUCUGCCUUGCCUGCAAUAUGUGCGCCAUGUCUCCUUUUUGGAAUCUCACUCAUCACUGGAGCAUUUUUUUUUUCCUCCACAGACACAAAAAAAAAAAAAAAAAAAAGGACAGACUUGUGAACCUAGUCGUACAAGUCGGGAAAGAAAGAGCCUUAGUACUGUGCAAGAGAACUGUGUGUGUAUACAGUCCAUAUCAUGUGCGGCCGGGAUCACGUGGACGCACGUCUUCCAAGUGAGCGUGACAACAACAACAAAAAGAGACUUUUCAAUUUAAUGUGGCCUUACUGCUAAGUUCAGUGACAAAAAAAAAAAAAAAAAAACCCAUGAAGAAAAAUGCUUCCACUCGCCAUCCUGUCCAAUUUCUGCGCCGGUACUGUCACACAAAGAGCCUUCUAUUUUUUUAAAAAGUCCAUCAAAGUGGUUGCACUCACGGAAGCAUAUCCAAGCAAGGCCUUCUCCGUGUGUCAUUCAAGUUUUCCGAACAGCAAUAUUGUACAGACCAUGAGCACUACGAGUUCACCAGCCACAGCCAGCCAGUAUAUAUCGCGCAGCCGUGCAUCGUUGAAAAGGAAAAAAAAAAAAUCAAGUUGGGAAGUCACUCCGUUAACAGUCCAAAAGGAAGAGAAAGCAGGCAAUACGUAUGCGUGUGACCUUUUACAGUACGACUGUAAACUUGAAUGUGUGCUGAAUGAAGUGCACCACUUAAGUAGGGGAACAAAAAAAAAAAAAAAAAAUAGACAACCGCAAAUUAAGUUAUGCCACCCCCCCAUCUGCCUGUUUUGUCAUGAAAAUGUUGUAUAUUUUAAUAUUUUAAAUUAUUGGUACAAAGUUUCCCCCCCGUCAUCUUAUGUCAUAAAAAAGUGCAUUUAUUGCCUGUGCUGCCUCGAUGGGCCUGGGAUUUGGAUUGCUUUUGUCUGUAAAAUGUCACGUGUAUUGAUUUUGCUGAGCAACAAAAGUGGGAGUGUAGCGACACAAAAAUACCCUUUAGCAGCCAGGUCCGGCCCUCCCCUGCGCCCCCCCCCUCCCCCUCCCCUCUGUCAUGUUUCCUUUUGGGCUUUGUUUACAUGUUGACCCUCAUCUUUCCUCCUCAUCGUCUGGGGACAACGGGCUCUGACCGCGAGCCUUUCUUUGUAUAAAGGGACUUCGCCGAGAGCUGCAAAAGCGUGUUACAUGCCUUCUUAUCAUUAACCCCCCCUCCGCCCCCCUCCCACUCUUCUGGAAGCAGCUGUGUUUUUUUUAAACGGUUAUAACGAGCGCCGAACAAUGUAUGUAAGCUCUGUAAAAUGCCAAAUGUCUGAUCGUGUAGGUUUUUUUUCCCAUGCACUGCACAGUGAGAGGCAGCUUUAAACAUAACAUUAAAAAAAAAAAAGUAGCUCUCAGCCUUACUUCUCAAGACUAUUUUGGAGCGCUAACUUUUUUUUUUCUUUCUCUCACUAUUUA